AUGGCUUUUCUUAUCAAGACCAUGAUAGGUAACCCCCUGUCGGGAGUGAUGGGGGGUGGAGACAAAGCUGAGGAGGAGACCCCCAAAGACCCCGCUGCCGCCGCCGGCAUGACCCGGGAGGAGUAUGAGGAGUACCAGAAGCAGCUGGUGGAGGAGAAGAUGGAGAGAGAUUCAGAGUUCUUGAACAAGAAGGCGGAGAGGGCAACGCUCCGGGUGUGCCUAAGAGACAAAUACCGCCUGCCCAAGAGUGAACAGGAUGAGAACAUGAUCUCCAUGGCCGGCGAUGACGUGGACGUGCCUGAGGAGCUGCUGAAGAUGGUGGACGAGGACGCCACCGAGGAGGAGGAGAAGGACUCCAUCCUGGGCCAGAUGCAGAACCUGCAGAACAUGGACAUGGACCAGAUCAAGGAGAAGGCCUCAGCAACCAUGGCCGAGGUGAAAAGCAAGGCUGAGGAGAAGUGUUCUGUCAUGUAA